AUGCCUGGUCAGAAACACGUUCAAGAUCGUGCUCAAGACCUGGUGACAGACGCUCUCGAUGGCUUGGCUGGACUCGCACCCGAUGUCAUCGUCGAACGAGCGAGUCGAGUCGCCUACCGUAGACCUGAGGCCUCUGACUGUCGAGUCGCCGUCAUCUCAGGAGGUGGAAGCGGGCAUGAACCCGCUCAUACCGGAUUCGUCGGAAGAGGACUGUUGGACGCGGCCGUUUGCGGGUCUAUCUUCGCCUCACCCCACAUGAAACAGAUCCGCCGAGCUCCUGGAACAGACACCGGUCCGAACAGUGGUGGGGUUCUUGAGGUUGCCCAAUUCAUCCGCGACGAUAAGGCUGUAUUCAGCGAACUUGUGAACUCGGCUCGAUAG